GCAUGUAUGUAGCUGGCUGUUGUACUGCAGCAGGUUCAUUCAAGUAGCCUACACGGCACGGGAAAGCGAUUGAAAGAUAUUUAUUUAUAUGACCGCUCCAGUUUAACCUGUUUUAUUGUUUAAUUUACACUACGUUGUGUGUUUAUAUAUAUAAUCGUAAAACAACUUCAGCCGUUUUUAACGUGUCCAACGACAGGCUUAAUUCUGAUAUUGAGUACACAAAAUCGGCGAGUAUUCUACGUAAUAGCGGUUAGGACGUUAUCGUUACAAGGUGUUUAUUCAAAUUAUGUGCUAAAAAGUGUAUAAAUUAAAGUGUAAACAUACGCAAUGGGCAAACAUUGAGGAAGAAAGAAAGCAGGAUUAUUUUAGAUUUUAUUAGUGCUUAUUACUAGGAAAUUUGUCGAAUAUUACGAUUUGUCAGUAGUUAUUAUGUAUGUAUAAGUGAAAUAAAUGUGUAUUUAUUAUGAUCUUGGUGAAUUUACAGAGUGUCCAAUUAAUUGAAGAGGGUGUACAAAGUAUCUCAAGCCUUAUUUUCGAGGAUGCCCAAGUAUCCGGAACUGAUUCCCAAAUAUGCUAUGUACACACACAAAUAUAGCAUGACGAUAUAAUGCCCCGAUUGAGAUUAUUUACUAUCCAGUGGAAAAUGUAUGUUCCAGGAUGCGCCGUAGAGCACAUUAGGCACGCAUUAACAUUUGAUAUUAAUAUUUCAUAACGAGAGUUGGCCAGUCAAACACGUUCCAGAUCAUAAAACAAGUGCAUUAAUAUUAUUUAAAGCGAGGCAAAUCUACGAGCAAAAAAGACCCAAAUCAGAGCAGAUAUUUCCCCGAAUACUCAAAACCCUAUCCCAAAUAAUGAGAACGAAAUGAGUGCAAAUUUUCUGGAUACGGAAAUGUACAAAAUAUCUGAAGAGGACUCCCAAGACGAGGAGGUUCUUAACAGUUUGAGCACCACGGAAGUGUUAGUCCCUCUAAGCCUGCAAACUAAUCAUGGAGGAAAUACUAAUAAUAAUAACAACAACGUUAUUCCCCCCCUCCGAGUGAAACCAGUUCCUCCUGUGAAGCCUGCCUUUCUCCGGAAAGCUCUCACCACGAGUCUCGGUGUUGGAAACAAUUCCAAUAGUCACGCAUUUCCUCCUCCUGUGAAUGUCACCAACAUCACUUCCACCAGCGGUGAUACAAGUGUGACUAGUGUUCCUGCCAUCGACCGUUUAAUCCCACCAACUUCAUCCUCCUCCUCAUUCGAUGAGGCCAGGACACGAAAACCCCACCUCGUCACCACCACCACCACCACCUCGGUCACAACUGACCCAGAUGACGGUCAAUUGGGCUGGCCCAGCAGCACCGACACCCAAAGUGGUGACAGCGGUGAUGACUCGGGUGAAGUAACUAGUGAGGAUCGCAACAACUUGGAAACAACGACACGACAUGCGGCAACAGCAGCAACGAUACAGCAACCUCCUCCUCGAGUCGUCCUUCCUCAUUCCUCGCACAGGAAAAUGAAAAGGCAUAAACGAAGAAGAGAAAGCUCCCGAGUUGCACAAAGUGAAAAUAACACCGAAGACAAUGAAUCAACCCAGUCUGAUCAGUCAUACUGCUCCUCUUGCGACGAGAGGCAGCAAAACCAUCACGAUGGGCACCCUUCCGAUGAGGACACUGGAAGUUAUUACGACGACGACGAAGACGACUCCACCGACCACUCUGAUUCUGGUUCUGAUGACCUCGACUUUGAUGACCAAAGUGAUACCGUCCUCGAGGAGGAGGUGGCCUCAUUGUUAACGGAAGCCGAAAUCCAGUCAUGGGGUCGUGGGGAUGGAAAUGUGUUAUUGUGUGAAUACGUUUCCGCCACAAAUGGUCCGGAAAUAUUGGAGUCAGCAAAUGAUAAAAGUGGACUGCACAGCAAAUCCAAAUCCAAGUCAAUCCACCCAUCACUUUACUCAUCAAGCGCUCCAGGCAGUCUGGAGAUUGGGUCUGGACUCCAUCAACCCUCAGACAGCUCAAAUGGAAACAAGGGGGCCAAAGGUAAAAUAUCUCGACUGCUGAAACGAGGCACGAAACAAAAAAAUGAGCGACAUUUGGAAGGGUCAUCCAAAAUGGAAUUGAGUGCCAGAAGUACGACUACGAGCAGCGUUCCUCCACCAACAGCGUCAGAAUUGACGACGACAACGACGGAAAAGGAAUCGUCCAAGAACAUACUAAAACCUUGUGGUGCCAAUAAAGUGUUCCGCUUCAAGGGAGACUGGGGUACACGAGUAAAUGAAACGGAGCAUGAGGGGGAAAUUCGCCUCGUGGACUUGUUCAUCAGGUCGACCAGUAAGCACAACUUGGGGCGGAGAGCAACCAUGGUGGAAUCUUUGUUGGGCAUCGUUCCCAGCAGAUUUUCAUCUAGAACUGCGAGUGACAGGUCGAAUUCCUCCAGCUCGGUUGUUGGUAUCCAGAAGACUGACGACAAGAGAAUAAUGGUUGCAGGAUUCAUACCGGAUGGACCUGCUGCUAGGAAUAAACAAAUCAAAAUUGGAGACUGGUUGCAACGAGUGAAUGGCAUUUCAGUGGACUUUUCCAAUGUCAACGCUACCCUCCUUCAAAUCCUGCAGCAGGAAUCCUCCGACAAUUUCGAGAACCCUCUCAAAGUGUCCCUUGAACUGCAAAGAGUUUCUGGAUACACGAUAACCGAUACGCCGACAAAAACGGUGACAUUCGGAGACCUGGUGUACGAUGGGAGUCCUUCCGAGAAGCAGCAGCCUUGUGGCGUCAAACCCACCACGGAUAACAACGAGCUACCUAUUGAAAUUUUGUCAAAAAUUGCGGUCGUUUAUAUUUCUGCUGUUAACACGUCGCCGCCGCCACCGCUGUCCGUAAAUUCAAAGGACAAGACAAAAGACGUGAUAUUUUCAUGGCCGUCCGACUCAGACUUUCGCAAGGUGAAAGCUCUCGUCGCCUCACAUGGGAUGUUUUCCACACUUUAUAAACUGCUCAAAGAUGUAACGGGAUCGCAUCCACUUGUAUCUCGGGUGAUGAUUGAUGACGAAGAGAUGGACGUCGUCUUCUCAAGUGACGAUGAAGGGAAAAGUCUACUCCUCCUUGGCACGGCCACUGUGCUCUCAAACUUCAACAUCUGCCACUCUGCUUCUUCUGGAGAAAGCAGCUCCUCCAGGAAGGAAAAGAAGCAGCUACGAUGGAAGGAUCCCGUGGAUGGAGGCUUGGGGUUAGCGCUGCGACUAAUGACCCGCGUCUCGACUCUCCUCAAGUUCCAAUUUGGGAGUUUAUCUAGAGCUUUCCAAACUAUGCCAGAGGAGAAACUCAAUCACUUUUUUACAUUAGCACUCGCGGGGUUAAACGAUAUUUCCGAAGACUUUUUGUUCCCUCAAGUGCCAGAAUAUUUCCUCAGAAUUCCUCCAUUAAUUCGGUGUUGGAUUGAUGAACGACUAUACGCUUUCGAAACAUCCGACUCGUUUGCCCUGUGCUCCGGAAGAAACUCAGAGUUGGAAAAGCCUCUGUUCAACUGCCUCGGCUCCUGUUUAUACUACAAGGGAAUGCCGGUAGCAUCGCAUUUGGAGCGGACCUUGGCAUCUCAUUUCCAUGGCCUUUGGAGAACCCAGCUUGGUUACUGGAGUAUCAAGCGUAACACGCUCCCGUACGUCUGGAAGCCGCUAAAACGCUUGCUUUUCUGCCAGGAGACCUUUCUCUACAACCAAAAUGCAAAUCUAGACCAAGAUGAAGCUUUCUCCGCUGAUAACAAAAACUGUCAGCAACCAUGUUGGUCUGCCCUUGUUGGCAUUGGUAACUACAUGCUUGGAAUGAUUCUCGAACCCGCAACCGUGGAGAACAAACUUCCCAAACCAGACCCUGCUUGGGUUCAACGCGGAUUUAAUUGCGUCCUCCGGAUUCUAAAGAGUGAAAUUGAUCCUUCCUUGGAAAGAUGGAUACUCUCCCAAGAAAAAGAGUUCAUUGAGUUGUACCCGCCCUCGGGCUCUGCCAACAAAACCUUUUUGGCUGGUACAUCAGCAACAACGGCGACUCAUACUGUUUUACCAACUCCGCCACCGGGUCCGAGUGGAAUCCUGAAGAAUGCAGAACCUCCAAAUACGUCUGCGGAAUUUAGUAGGACAGGACCUCCCAUUUCGGAGAGCAUGUCAUCCAUACCUCACACAAUGAUGGAGGAGAGAGGGCUACAAAGGUCAUCCCUUCGCGACUACAGUUACCAUUACGGUCUCUCAACUACUACGACUUUGGCUGAGCGACAGGAAAUGAAUUACGGGUCAAACGAAGAGGACGAGGUUGAGGAAACCACAACUGGGACGGGGAGUGAUACCAGUUCAUUGAAAUGGUGCCUGGACGACUCGUCACGGUACAAUGAGGGAUAUAUUGACGAAGAGAUAAAGACUAUGAGUGUUACAAAGGGAAACGUACUGUUUGACUUUCUACAAAUUGAAGCUGGUCGUUGUGUACUGCUGAGCUCAAAGGACAUGGUAGAAGGUCCGUUUUCUGUCGUGGUGCACAACUUUCGCCAAAGUGUGACAUUGACUCAUCAUAUUUUGAACAAGGCUGCAAACGGGAGGAUGCGAUUAAGCCGGCAAAUGAGUGAUAAAAAGUGGGUGAGUAAAGCACUAGCGCCGAUUUCGGAGCAUGGCGUUCUUUUCAAUUGUGAUGCCGUUGAUCCUCGAGAUGUGCAUAAAAAGAAGCCAAGACUACGCCAAGUGUCGUACUGGGUCGUCGGCAGAAUGUAUCCUAAUCAAAGGGAAGUCUAUCUUUGCUACCAAGACAGUUCAGUCACUCAAAACUUGAUUGAAGUAGCCUUUAAACUUGCCUAUUACACUGCGUAGGGUAUUUUGUACACAAAGAAGCAGCUGCAGCAGUGAUUUCUUAUUUUAUACGCAGUCAUAAUUAAGCCAGUACAUUUUUAUGCUAAUCAAGAAAGAUUUUGUAUAUUGAUUUUUUAUAAAUGGAUAAAGGAUUCCCAUUAUUUAUUUUUAUAUUUUAGUCAGGUAAAAGACAGUCAGGUCUAUGUCAGAGUGGGAAUAUAUUUGAUAUAUGAUAUAAAUGUAAUAUAGCGUUGAAUUUGUCACGAAAACGAAAAACGAAAAAUAAAUAAAUGAAUGCUAAUGUGA